CUCCUCCCACACGAGGGCCCCCACGCGGCGAGAGGGGGAGGUGGGUGCGGCCCUGGGUACGCCGAGCGGUUCAUGACCUCCGCCCAUGACCACGGCUGCAUGACCACGGUGUACGCCCUCUGGCUGGACGCCCGCGCCCCCAUCGACUUCCAGGUCAUCAAGCAGGCCACCUCCAUCAUGUACAGGAAGCUGCCUCACCUGCGGAUGUCGAUCGGGCGCCACAAGGGCAAGCUGUGGUGGCGCGAGAUCCCGAGGGAGGCCGUGGACGUCGAGGAGCUGCGCAGCGACGACGUGCUGGCCACCCUGGAGUCGCUGCUCCGACGCCGCUACCGCAUGGAGGAGGGCCCCCUCUGGUUCACGAGGUUCGUCCCCCUCCAGGGCGAGGACGAGUGCGUCAGAGACAACAACCACAACCUCAAGUACAAGUACGUCUGCCUCUUCGGCUUCCACCACAACGUGAGCGACGGGACGACCAACAUGAAGUUCUGCAAAGUGUUCCUGCAGGUAGUGAACGACCUGCUGGCGGGGCGCGAAGUGGACAUGCGCCAGGAGGGGGUCUUCGCCACGCCCCUUCACGACCAGAUCGCCGACGACGCGUCCUCGCAGAGCUACUUGUUCACCAUCUUCCUCAAACGCUUCUACAAGGGGAUCCUCAGCUACGGGGCCUACGUCAGGAACUUCACACACAUCUACAGAAUGCCCGCGGAGAACAUAGCGAGCACGCGGGUCCUGCACCACGAGCUGGACGAGUUCACCACCAGGAACCUUCUCCGGCGGUGCAAGAUGGAGGGCGUGACCCUGAACUCGGCCUUCACCGCCGCCGCCAACCUCACGCUGUACCAGAUGAUGGCGUCCAAGAACCACUCGCUGGACGAGACGACCGUCAACUCCCUGCAGGCCAUCAACAUGCGGCGCUACUGGCCCAAGGACGCGCAGCCCAACACCUUCGGCUGCCACAUCUCCAUGCUGGACGUGGGCUUCGACACGAGGCGCGCCGACCUGGACGGCUUCUGGGAGUACUCGCGCGGCGUGCACUCGAGCCUGGUGUACCAGCUGACCACCACGCAGCACCCGCUCAAGAUCCAGCCCAUCAGCGAGCGCCUCAUCCUCAUCAUCUGCAGCAACUCGUGGCUGGACUGGGCGGGCCUCCCCUCCACCAACGACAACCACUACACCGUGACCAACAUGGGCGACCUGACCCACACCUUCCCCGGCAUGGGCGACGAGGUCGAGGUGUCGCGCGUCCUGCGCUCCGUGUCGUGUGUGCCAUGCCACGCUGUGCCAGCACACGCUGCAGACCUUCCGCGGCCGCUUCUGCUACUCCCUCGACUACUACACGCAGAAGCUCUCGCGGGAGACGGCCACCACGUACGCCCAGGGCAUCAUCGACCUCCUGCGGAAGUCCAUCCACACGCCCAACUGACGUGACCCGACGGCGAGGGAGGACGCCCUCACGAGGACGCAGGCGACGGCGGCUCGCCCGAGAAGGUGACGUGAGACGCCCGACAGCACAACGACGACAACGCUCCCUUCGGAGGGCCCCGCGACGGCGCAGCGCCCCGGGGAGAGCA